AUGGGGAACGCGCUCCUCCCGUGGGUCCGGUACCACACGCGAGGCUCGUUUUCUCGCGACGGGGUGUAUAUGGACCCGACGUCUCGGUUCCCCCAGUUGUCCCUGUUUUUCACCGAGCCUGUGGUGCAUGCGUCGGUCUUCGGCCUCGCCUCCGUCGCAGCCGUCCUCCUCCGUCCGCUCUUCUGUGGCGACGCUCCCCCGCUGCCGCCUUGGCCCGCCGCCGCCGCGGCGCAGGCCGCGCAGGCCGAGGGCGGCGUCCUCUCCUGCCUCUUCGCCCUCUUCUCGCUCGCGCCUCGCUUCGCCGUUGAGUACGCGCCCAGCUACCUGCUCACCUGCGUCGCGCCGCUGCAUCGCGCCUACCUCUUUGGCCGCAGCCUCGUGCUGCCGCCGCGCUUCCUCCUCUGCCCUUUCUUCUCCUGCGCCGUGUACCUGGCGUUCCUUGCGCUCACUCUCUACUUCUGGUACGCGCUGCUGCGGCGGCUGGCGAGCGGCUUCCGGCUGCCGGCGGCACUGCGCGACGUGCGCGGCUCCUGCGCCUCCGCUGCACCGCUUGCCCGCGAGGCGCCUGCAGCGGCGUCGGCGGCCUUCCCCUCCGUCCGCGCGUUCGCCGCCGCCUUCUCCGCGCGGGCGGUCGUCGACUCGGCGUUCAAGAUGCGCGCCAGCGCGGCGGCGCGCGGCGGGCGCUUCCUGCCGCUGCGCAAUCGGCGCGUUGUCGUGACUGGCGGCGCCGGCGGCAUCGGGCGCGAGACGGCUCGCCAGCUCGCGCUCUGGGGCGCCCACGUGCUCAUCGGCUGCCGCAGCAGCGUGGACGAGGGUCGGCGGGUCGCCGAGGAAAUCGAACUCGAGGUCGCCGCCGCCGCCGCGCGCGGCGAAGGCGCCCACCCCGGGAAGGUCUCCGUCGCGCACCUGGAUCUCUGCGCGUUCCCCUCAGUCCGCGCCUUCGCGGCCUUCGCGCUGCAUCUCCUCGAUGGGCACGUCGACCUCUUGAUCAACAACGCGGGUGUGAUGAUGUUGCCGCACCUGACCAUCGCCGACAGCUGCGGCUUCGAGAAGCAGUUCACCACCAACCACCUGGGUCACUUUCUCCUCACGCUCCUCCUCCUGCCCGCCCUCCGCAGAGCCGCGCAGCAGGCCCCCGCGCCACCCCCCAGGCCCGCGGAGACUGCUGAGGCGCAGGCUGCCGAGGCUGCGGCCGCCGCUGAGGCCUCGGCUCUUGACUCGCGCUGCCUGGGACGUGUCAUCAACGUGGCGUCCUGCGCGCAGGUCUGGCACGCGCCGGGUUUUCGCGCGCUGGACGCCGCCUGCACACCCGAGGCGCUCGCGGCCGCCGGCGUGGCGCUCGCGAAGCCCCUCGAGGCCCUUCAGGGGCUGACGCCCGUGUCGCCCGUGGGCUACGACAGGCUCAAGGCGUACGGGAACUCGAAGCUCGCCAACAUCUGGUUCACGAAGGAGCUCCAGCGCAGACUGAUUGCCGAGGCGCGCGCGGCAGCCCAGACGCCGGAGGAGGGGACCGCAGCCGGCGGCGGCGCGAAGGCCGACGCCGGCGCGGCAGCGGCGGAAGCCUCGCGGGAGGCCUCGGAGUCGAUUGCCUACGAGCCGCUGCCGCCGGGGACUGUGGGCGUCUACGCGGUGCAUCCUGGCAGCGUGCGGACGAGCCUGAUGCGGCACGUGGUCGCGGACAGCAAGUUGAAGGCUUUAUUCUUCGACACGUUCCUCGCGCACACGGUGAUGAAGUCGCCGCGGGACGGCGCAGCCACGCAGCUCCUGCUCUGCAUCGCCGACCGAGAGCACCUGCUGCCUGGCGCCUACUACGCAGACGGCGGCCCGAGCUGGGUCGUCCCCGCCGCGAAUGACGACGAGCGCAUGCGCGAACUCUGGGCUGUCAGCGAGGUCGUCUGCUUCGGCGGCCUCGGCAGCCAGACCUACGUGAAGUAG